AUGUGGACACACACGAACCGGAUGAGAAGUCCCUCAUCACAUACAUUUCAUCACUAUACGAGACAUUCCCUGAACCGCCGGCGGUGCACCCGCUCUUCGAUGCGGAGUCCCAACGGCGCGCCGCCGCUUACACCGAACAGGCGGCCGCGCACCGCGCCUGGUUACACGAGAAGUGCUCACUCAUGCAGUUAAAACCAGUACUAGGUCCUCAUGUGGACAUAAAACAAACGGAAUCAGGUCUAGAGAACGUAGAACGGCACAUAGAGUCAGAGAUCCGUCGUCUGGAGCGCGGCGUGCACCCCGCUGAGGCUAAACUGGCAGCAGAGCAAAUAGAACAAGAGCUAAGAGCUAUGGAACAUGGGAUACAAGAUAUGUUCCAGGAUUGCCACGCGUUACGCGAAGGAAGAUACCCCCAGGCUACUGAACUGCACCGACGAGUGCAACAAAUCCACGAGCGUUGGGUGAACGCGCGUCAGUCGUUCACUGGACGGUUAGUGCCGCGACUGUCGUCAGUGCGCAUGCCAGUCCAGCAGACCACGGUUCGCCGCGAGACACGCACUGUACUGGAGACACGCGUGCAUGAUGCUGACCCCAAGUUCCAGCAGCUGCAUGCUGCCACCAAGUGGUGUAAGGAGAGACUGAAAAAACUGCACGAAUCGGAAUACGGAUCCGACCUACCUACAGUUCAACACGAACUCGACAAACAUCAGAGAGAGCACAAACAAAUCGAUCAAUUCCACUCCAAGGUAGAACAAUGUGUACACAAUAGAUCUAACUUCAACGGAGAAGAGUUAAAUCUUUACAACCAACAUUUAAGUCAGCUGCAGAAACUAUACGCGGAACUGCUAUCUACCAGUACUAAACGUAUAUCAGAUCUGGACGCGCUGCAAGACUUCCUGCAGUCGGCGACAGCGGAGCUGAACUGGCUUAACGAGAAGGAGCAAGUGGAACUGUCCCGUGACUGGGCUGACCCGCACAUCAACCUGCCCGCGGUACAACACUACUAUGAACAACUUAUGUCUUCGUUGGAGAAGAGAGAACUUCAGUUCAGUAACGUGAUAGACCGCGGCGAGGCCCUGAUUGCUCAGCAUCACCCCGCUACUAAGACUAUCGAGUCUCAUCUGCAGGUGAUGCAAUCUCAAUGGGCGUGGGUGUUACAACUGACGCUAUGUCUUGAGACACAUCUGAAACACACCACGCAGUACCAUAACUUCUUUGAAGAAGUUAAAGAAGCAGAAAAAUGGAUACAAAAGUAA